GUUUGCUCAAUGGCAUGAGCCAGAGUUUUGUUAAUUUGGACUUAUUUUAGGCUUAUUUUGGAUUUAGCAUGUGUUGCUGGGAAUUGCUUGGGUUCUGCUUUCUUGCCUUGCUGAUAGUCUUGGAUAUUAUCCACGCUUUUGUGGGAGUUUGCAGGUUGUGCCACACUGGUGUAUUUUCAGAAAGAAUCCUACUAGACUACCCAUCCGUUGAAAGUAGAUAUGCAACCCACUGCGUUGAAAGAUAAUCAACCCUGUGAGAACAACUGUCAGAAGGUCCACCCUCAACCCAUGGAAGAUUCUGCAAAUCAAAAUCCAGAAGCUGGGGAAGCCUUGAUAUCCAAAAUUUUACCCUCUCUGAAGUCAGCAUACAUUCAGCUCCAAGCUGCUCAUACUCCCUAUGAUCCUGAUAAAAUACAAGCUUCUGACUAAGUUGUAAUUUCUGAGCUGAAAAAUCUAUCCGAGCUCAAGCAUAACUACAGGGAAAAUAACCCCAAACCAAUAUGUGUUUCUCCUCAGGACUCUCGGUUAGCUGCAGAGAUCCAAGAACAACUGAGCCUGCUCAAAACAUACGAGGUUAUGGAAAAAUUCCAAUCUGAAAUCCAGAAUAAAGAUUCUGAGAUUCUUCAGUCUGAGCAGAUGAUUGAGGAAGCAAACCAGAAACGGGCAAAACUGGAAAAGAAUCUUAAGCUCAGGGGUUUGUCAACCAAAGAAUCAGAGGGUUCUGGAGAUGAAAAUGGCUUUUAUUCUGUGGAUCUGACCCCAGAGCUCUUCACAUCUGCCAUAGAAACUGCAUUCAAAGCCUUUCAUAUUUUUUCUAAACCAUUGAUCAAUAUGAUGAGCAACUCCAUUGAAUCCAACGUUGUUUAUGCAAAGAGAGCUCACAAACAGUAUGCAUUUGAGUCUUAAAUAUCUCAAAGAAUGUUCAGUGGGUAUCAUCACGAGAACUUCUCAACUAAAGCGGACGGCGGGGCAGUUUCAAAGGAGAGUUUCUUUCACCAAUUUCUUGCUACGAGGGAAAUGGAUCCUUUAUUCAUGCUAUGUCAGAACCCAAAUUCUGUUUUUGGCAAAUUUUGCACGAGCAAGUCCCUGGUGGUGGUUCACCCAAAGUUCGAGGCUUCAUUCUUUGGAAAAUUAGAUCAGAGAAAUUAUAUAAAAAGGGGAGGGCAUCCAAGAACGCCAUUCUAACAGGCCUUCUUGAAACUGGCCAAGUCGAUCUGGCUUUCUCACAGGCUUGCUUAUUCCUUUGACCCAAAUGUCAAGGUCUUCCAAGUUAUGAGAGGAAGUGAGUUCUCAGAGGUUUAUAUGGAAAGUGUUGUAAAAAACCUGAUAUUGGAUGAAAAUGAUCCAAAGCCUAGGGUUGGCCUAAUGGUUAUGCCUGGUUUUUUGAAUGGAGGCAGUGUGAUUCAGAGCCGUGUUUAUCUCUCAGGUGUGAAGGUUGCUGAAUGAUUACCAAACCUGAACAAAUAUUUGUUGUAUUGUUUAUGUGGUGUGUUUCGUUGUAUUAUGUCGUAAUCUAUGUAAUUGUAUUUCUCGUUGAA